GACGGUCUCAUCUCUUCGGUCCUCCGGUCCUUCGUUCUCCGUUCUCUGUGUGUGGGCUGCUCUCCGGUAUCAAACGAAGGCUAUCUUUGCCCUCCGUCCGCUCAGCUCUAACAACACAAACCACGGGGACGAGCCAACGGUUAGCUGAGAAGGGAAGUGGGCUCCGUCUUCUCUUUCACCAGGCAGCAGACGAGGCAGUCCUGGACGAUGUAAUCGGACUGAAGGAUUCAUCUGCAGUGUUCACACCAGAGCGAGACAGAGGAGGGACAGAGAAAGAGGAGGAGGACGUCGAAGGCACAAGGAUGGGAGUGGGGAAGAACACCACCUCCAAGUCGAUGGACAGCAGCAGUGAGGGGGGAAGAUAUGAAGAGGAGAGCAAACACGGCGCAGAUUUCUACCCUAUACCGGUGGUGGUGAACGGAGUUGGUGGUGCCAAUGGAGACCAGGAUACUGAGAACACAGAGCUGAUGGCGAUUUACACUAAAGAUAAUCAAGGAGCAGAAAAGAGCUCGAUGUCUGAGACGCUGGACAGCACAGACAGUACGGACGCAAGGAGGAUGGAUAUGAUCUACACCAUUGAAGACACCCCUCCCUGGUACCUGUGUGUGUUUUUAGGCUUACAGCACUACUUGACGUGUUUCAGUGGGACGAUCGCUGUGCCAUUCCUCCUCGCUGAGGCCAUGUGUGUCGGAUUCGAUCAAUGGGCCACCAGUCAGCUCAUAGGGACCAUCUUCUUCUGUGUGGGGAUCACCACCCUGCUACAGACCACACUGGGCUGCAGGCUGCCAUUAUUCCAGGCCAGCGCUUUUGCCUUCCUCGCACCAGCCAGAGCCAUCCUGUCACUGGACAAAUGGAAGUGUAAUAGUACAGAGAUUCCAGCACUGAAUGGCACAGAGCUCCUCAACACAGAACACAUCUGGCAUCCCAGGAUACGAGAGAUCCAGGGGGCCAUCAUCGUGUCCUCCGUGGUCGAAGUGUGUAUCGGAGCGCUGGGUCUGCCCGGGAUUCUGCUGAAGUACAUCGGCCCUCUGACCAUCACCCCCACCGUAGCCCUCAUCGGCCUGUCUGGUUUCCAGGCUGCAGGGGAGAGGGCUGGAAAACACUGGGGCAUUGCUAUGUUGACUAUCUUCUUGGUGCUGCUCUUCUCUCAGUAUGCCAGAAACGUUCACUUUCCUCUCCCAGUCUAUAAAGCCAAGAAAGGCUGGACUUCCUAUAGACUUCAAGUCUUCAAAAUGUUUCCUAUCAUCAUGGCCAUCCUGGUGUCGUGGCUGUUGUGCUUCAUUUUCACUGUGACUGAUGUUUUCCCGCCAGAGAAGGACAAGUAUGGUUUCUAUGCCCGUACAGACGCUCGUCAGGGAAUCCUCACAGCUGCACCGUGGUUUAAGAUCCCAUACCCCUUCCAGUGGGGCCUUCCUACUGUAACAGCUGCAGGCGUGAUCGGGAUGAUGAGUGCUGUGGUGGCCAGCAUCAUUGAGUCGAUUGGAGAUUACUACGCCUGCGCUCGUCUCUCUUGCGCGCCUCCACCUCCCAUCCAUGCCAUCAACAGGGGGAUAUUUGUGGAAGGUAUUUCCUGUGUGCUGGAUGGUCUUUUUGGAACGGGAAAUGGCUCUACCUCCUCCAGUCCAAAUAUAGGUGUCCUGGGAAUCACCAAGGUGGGCAGCAGACGUGUGAUUCAGUAUGGAGCUGCCAUGAUGCUGCUGCUCGGGCUGGUGGGUAAAUUCAGCGCCCUGUUUGCCUCUCUGCCUGACCCUGUCCUGGGAGCUCUCUUCUGCACCUUGUUUGGUAUGAUCACAGCAGUGGGACUGUCCAACCUGCAGUUUGUCGACCUCAACUCCUCCAGGAACAUGUUUGUCCUGGGCUUCUCCAUCUUCUUCGGACUGAUGCUGCCAAGCUACCUGAAAAAGAACCCACUGGUGACAGGCAUAGUUGAAAUUGACCAAGUGCUGAAUGUGCUCCUCACCACUGCCAUGUUUGUUGGAGGCUCUGUCGCCUUCAUUUUGGACAAUACGAUCCCUGGUACUCCUGAAGAACGAGGCAUCAGGAAGCUGAAACGUGGUUCUGGUCUCAGUGCAGCAGAACUAGAAGGGAUGAGAUCUUAUGACUUGCCAUUUGGAAUGGACUUCAUCCGCAGAUACUCCGUCUUCAAGUACUUCCCCAUCAGCCCCACCUUCACAGGCUAUCAGUGGGGAAGGCUACAGGAAGCCUGCAGGAGCAGAAUGGGACAUGGAGAUGCGGUGAAGGGGGGAGGAAUGGGAGGGGAGGGAGGAACAGCACCAGGGGAGAGUCGGGUAUAG